AUGUCAACUCCAGCUUCGUCCUUCCAGCACGGCUCCUCUACGUCAGGUCAACAGUUUCUAUGGCGACCUGUAGACUACUCGUACUGGAGCGGGUCUGCGCAAGGCGGUCGGCAGGGCUUCGUGCUCGCUCAGCGGUACCCAGAUGCCUACGACAGUAUUGCCGCAGCAGCACCGGCGCUCAACUGGGCGCAGUUUAUUCCUGCGGCUUCUUGGGCACAAGUCACGCUAUCCAUUACCGGUCAGUACCCACCGAAGUGCGAAAUCGACGCGCUGACCGCUGCUACGAUUGCAGCCUGCGACCCCUUGGACGGAGUCACUGACGACAACUUCAGUGACACGUCAAGGUGCUCUUUCGAUCCGUUGAUUUCCAUUUUAUGUCGCACAAAUGGGACUUGCACUGGCCUGCCCAUAGGACUCGGUGAGGCGUGGUUCAGACUGUUUGUGAAGAAAGAUCUGGAUUGGAAUCGCACCAAGAUCGCGAGCGUCAAUGAGUACGCCAGGUCGUUCCAUGAUGGUGUGCAAGAAGAUGCUGGCGGGAAGAUAUUGACGUAUCAUGGACUGGCCGAUGGGCUUAUUUCCACCACAGACACCGAAGACUACUACAACCGCGUCAACAUCACGACCUCAGGUAUCAACGAGUUCUUCCACUACUUCGAGGUACCAGGCCUAGCGCACUGUUCCGGCGGUCAUGUUGGUCAGCCAACAUUGACGCUCCAAGCGCUGGUCGAUUGGGUAGAAUGUAAUAUUGCGCCCGAGAUGCUGUACAUCGAUUUCAAUGAUUCAAAUGGCACUCAGCGUGGACGUAUAUCGUGUCCGUACCCAGAGAAAGCGGGAUUGAAAGAGAAAGGGCUGGAUGUGACGAAGCGGGAGUCGUGGGUAUGUGCGCUCAAGUGA